AUGGGACGUUCUUCAAGAAAUCGUUCAAGCAAUUCACGUUCAAGGUCUUCAUUUCUUAGCAGACCAGGAUCAAGAGAUAUGCAUAGGGGAAACAAUACCAGUGCUCAAAAUUAUUCAGGAAGUUUAGGACAACAACAAAGUAAUAAGUCAGGAGGAUUUAUAUCAAAUAUGAUGGGAACAGUAGCUAGUGGUAUGGCCUCAGGUGUAGGAUUUGGAGUAGCACAACGAGCAGUGGAUUCCAUAUUAGGCGCAAGACAUGUAGAAGUUUCCCACGUAAAUAAUAAUGUUGAUAAUCAACAAUUAAAUCAAGCAGCGGCAAUAAAUAGUGAAAAAAAUAAUAUGUAUAAAUGUAAACCUUUUGCGGAUGAGCUUAACCAAUGCUUAUUGAGACAUUCAGAUAUAAGUUUAUGUCAAAAUUAUGCAGAUUCCUUGAAAUCUUGUCAACAAUCUAUGUAA